AAGGGCUCUGGAAGAAAUGGCAAUGAAGCGUACCACCGCCUUUCCGUCCUCUCUUCUUCUCCUAUUGUUCCUUCUCCCAGUCGCCUCUCCACUCAUCCUCUCUUUGAGCGAGACUCUCUUAGAAAUUAAUUUGGAAAAUCCAGUUUUGGAAUUCGACUCGCCACCAUAUGCUGGACAGUCAUGUCAUCGGGUUCGGCUGACCGGCAUGUCAAGGUUGAACCUCAAAUCCUAUGCCAGUUCUGUACGCGUGGCAUUGAAAAUUUCAGAUUCCACGGACGAAUGGCUUGGGAGAAACAUACGACUUUGUUUCCACAGGAAUACUUCUAUUGGUGUUUGUCAAUGUGAGGUGUCGCAGUGGGAAUCUUUUCUAAGGAAUGAACGGAAUUCAAUGAUAUCACCCUAUGAGAGUGGAUUUAUUGAUGUCAAAAUUAAUAAAGAAACUUCUACCUUCUUUUCGGUUGCUCUUGAGGAAGAGUUUCAUCUAUGGCGUCUGGGUUGCCUUGGUUUUGGAUUACUCAUUUUUCUCAUUGCGCCUGGCAUCAGCAAUUGGAUGCCAUUCUAUUACAGUAGUUCAAUGAUCUUAGGAGUUUUUCUUCUUGUCUUGAUCCUUCUCUUCCAGGCAAUGAAGUUAGUUCCCAUAAGCAGGCGAAAAAUAAUAUACAUUGCAUUCUAUGGAUCCUUGCUGGGUCUUGGUUCUUUAAUAAGAAAUUACUUCUCCACGAUGAUCACCUUUCUUCUUGUUAGUUGUGGCUUCAGUGAAGAAUCAUAUAAUCUCGUUUCACUUGUUCUGCUGGGGGGAAUAAUCUUUGCAGGAACGUUUUUAGGUUAUUGGUCUGCGCGAAAGUUUGUCCUUUCUGAAGAUGGAUGUGUAGAUUCUGGCAUUGCACAAUUUGUGAAGUGGACAUUGCGUUUGAUCGGCAUAGUAUCUAUUCUCCAGGUACUUUCGUCAUGAUCACUCAUGCACCUUAUGCUUCAUGUUAGACUCAAAAAGAUUCCUUUUGGUAAGCCGACUAUUCCAUUUGUAACCUCAUGAUAGUCUGAAAGUAUGCUAUUCUAUUUUGCAAUAGUAAGGGUGAAAAUGUGGUGCACAAUAAUAUGUAAUAUCUGAUGUUUCAUAAUCCAUUUUUUAUGACAUUUGCAGUAAAUUAUCAACCCAUUUUAAAUUUAAGUUCUGAAUAUAUGUAACAAAAAAUAUUCAAUUUGAGUUGACUACAGGGCUUCAGUUGUUGGCUUAGUCGGAUGUAAAUCUUAUUUGUUUAACCAAAGGUCAAAUCCUUACAAUUGGUAAUCCAGAAAUUUUGUGUUAUGCCCUGAAGAACAUCUGUGUGUACACAGAUGUGCACAUCUUUGUUAUCAAGUUGGGAUCAGAAGGUUCUUAUUCUAUUUGCGGUGUCCAUGCAUAUUUUUUAAAAUAAUUAUUGUUUUGUAUUGUACUAUAAAGAGUUAUACAUGGUUCUUUUCUUCGAAAUAUUGUAUAUAUUAU